AUGCGUAUGUACAUUUUCGAAAAUUGCCGGUCACCGGUCGCCCUCCGGGAAGAUAGUUUAGAGACGGCCAAACUGGAUACCUCUUCGUCCCUCAGUCUGAGCAAGCUUCAUGUCUCCUCCGCCAAGGUCUGGAUCAUCGUCGGCCUUGGCGUCGCUGGGAUCAUCCUUCUCAGCCGGAGGCGUCUGAAGUCGACUGCCCGACUGAAGGAUCUUGGCGCCUUCAUCGAUCGCUUCGUCCUCUUACCAUCCCCGCAGCCGCCCCCUCCUGCCGCCCGUCUCCCCCUGACUGAUCUCGUUUUCGCCGUCAAGGACGUUUUCGAUGUCAAGGGGUAUGUGACGGGGUUCGGGAACCCCGACUGGAAGGCGACACAUGAGCCGGCCACGCGGACUGCGGCGGCCGUCUCUUCCCUCUUAAAGCAAGGCGCCGCUUGCGCUGGAAAGACGAUGUUGGAUGAAUUUGCGUUGGGCUUUACUGGGGAAAAUAAACACUAUGGAACUCCUAUGAAUCCAGAAGAGCCAUCACAAAUUCCAGGAGGAUCUUCAAGUGGUUCUGCUGUUGCCGUUGCUGGUGAAUUGGUGGACUUUGCACUUGGUACUGACACUGUUGGAUGCGUGAGAAUACCAGCUGCAUGCUGUGGAAUUCUAGGGUUUCGUCCCUCUCAUGGCUCUGUUCCCACAGCUGGAGUUCUGCAGAAUUCUCCAAGUCUGGAUACAAUAGGAUGGCUUGCGAAAGACCCUUCAGUUUUACGGGAGGUAGGGCAUGUGCUAUUGCAGUUAGCGCCUGGGAAUCUCCGAAGGUCAAGGAGGUUUAUAUUUGCUGAUGAUUGCUUUCAGCUAUCAACAGUUCCUAAGCAAAAGUCAGUUUGUGUUAUUGAGAAGGCAACAGAGAAGUUGUCUGGCUAUCAACCUCCAAAGCAUAUCAAUCUUGGCCAAUACAUUGCUUCUGCUGUUCCAAGUUUAAGGGGGUUUCAUGAACCUUCAGUAACUGUACAACAAGGAACAUCUACUCUAAGAGUUCUUUCAUAUGUGAUGGCACUACUGCAAAGAUAUGAAUUCCGAGUGAACUACGAGGAAUGGUUCAAUAAAAUGAAGCCAAGUUUGGGGCCAGACGUCUCUGCUCAAGUGCACUCAGCAAUGAACAGCACAGAAGAAAACAUCAAGUCUUGCUACAAAGUCAAGUCCGAAAUGAGGUCUGCAUUGAAUGGCCUCUUGAAGGAUGAUGGAAUAUUAGUGGUCCCAACAAUUCCCGAGCCUCCGCCUAGAGUUAACUCAAAGAAAAGCUCAUACAAUCAGUUCCAAAAUAGGGCAUCUGUAUUAAUGAGUCUUGCUACGCUUUCCGGUUGCUGUCAGGUCUCCAUUCCACUUGGGAAGCAUGAUGGUUCUUCCAUCUCGGUUUCAUUAAUAGCAUCAUAUGGUGGGGACAAGUUUCUACUUGAUACAGUCUUAGACAUGUACUCCUCACUUAGAGAAGCAGCUGAUGCUGCAUCUAAUUUACCCCCAGUUCCUGAUACUGAUGGAGACAUGGAUACUGCUGAGCUUUUCAAAGAGAAGGGAAAUGCUGCAUUCAAGGGAAGGCAGUGGAAUAAGGCUGUAAAAUUUUAUACUGAAGCUAUUAAGUUAAACAGGACAACUGCAACCUAUUAUAGUAAUAGAGCCGCUGCCUAUUUGGAGUUGGGAUGCUUUCAACAGGCUGAAUCUGAUUGUAAUGAGGCAAUCUUACUUGAUAAGAAGAAUGUAAAGGCAUAUUUGAGACGAGGUACAGCAAAGGAAAUGCUAUAUUUCUACAGGGAUGCAAAUGAAGAUUUCAAGCAUGCCCUUGUCCUGGAACCACAAAACAAGGCUGCCCUUUCUGCAACGAAGAGGCUCAAGAAGUUGAUGGAAUAAGAUUUUUUAAGUUUGCUUUUGUCUCGCUCAUCCACAUCCCAUUUGAGUGUGAGUGGUACUGUUUCCACAGCUAUCAUCGAAAAUUUUCCAUGCACAGGCUGUAGGUUUGGCUUUCUCAGCCAUAUUGAAUCUGCUCAUAGAAGCAGGUAAUGUAAUAAAUUAUCUUUUUUUUGUCACCAUUUCUCUGUAAUUAUAUGCAUUUUACAUAUGACAGUUGUCAAUUUCUUAAUGAACAAGAGAUUUCACUAUGAACAUUAGUCAGCUAUUAGAGUUUUAA